CAGUCCCCGCGAGCUCCAACUACUUUCUCCUCUGCCUUCCUUCAGUGCGACUCCACAAAAUGAUGGAAAGCUGUCGAGGUACAGUGCCGUCUCCUCUCCACAGAUCAGGCUACACCACCUGGUUUGUGGACUCUGCUGAGUCUGUAGCUCUGACAACAUCAGAGGAUUUGUCCACCACUAAUCAGCAGUGUUCCCCUGUGAGAUCGAUCACACUUCUCCCUCUGCCGGUCUCAGAACCCUCCGGAGAACCAACCAACACCACGUUCUCCCAUCAGCAGCCAACUGCUACAAGACAAACACAUCACCGCGCCUUAAGGCAUUCCCAGCGUUCCCAGUCCAAGAAACACCAUGCCACCACUCCAACCAGCAACACCUUCAGUCAGAAACACAGGAGCUGUCACAAGGGCGGUAGCAAUGUUGGCACAAAUCACAAAGAUGAGGGUGAUAACAGUGGGGAAGCCAGAAAAAAGAGUGUCAGACCUCCAGACUGUAGGAGCCGGGAGUAUCUGGAAGUCGAAAACUUCUACCUUCCCAGGAGCAGUCCAGUCAUCUCCCGCCGCUGCCGCCGUUGCCGCCGCCGCUCACUCUCCUGGCACGGACGCGAGAAGGAUGGGCCUUCAGCCUCAAGUGCUCACUCUGUGCUCGUGGGCUCUGCGGCCGCAGCGUCUCCGGGUUCCAGUCAACACGGGACGGUCCUGAAUGUGGGGAAGCCGGCCGCGGCGCCAAUCCCCCAUCACACUUCCUGUUUGAGCCAGGAGGACAGGAAGUCGCGGGGCAUCUCCCUCUCGUCCAAUCUGAGCUGGUUCCUGAGCGCCGGCCUCCACCUGCCGUUCAGGGGACAGCAGGGAUUGGCUGAGGAUUGCAGGGGGCGUGGCCUGAGCGGCUCUGAUGUCCCACCUAGACCAGUGACACAGCAGCCAAACAGUACUGACAGGGGGUCCAGUCAUAUCCCAGAAUGCACUGCAGACAUCUUCAAGACUAGCUGUGAUCUGGAGAAGGAAAAUGCUCAUUUCGUUGUGGUGGACAUGGUGCUGGAGGUUCUGGAAGGGGUCAAGUGGACGCUAAGCCUCGAUCAGCUGACCUCCACCAACACGGGCACACACACACGCUGCAGGACGGGCAAACACACACACAGACGCUCGCCUGAAGGCAAACGGAGGCCUGAGGCGGACACACACACGUGCAAACACACACAGUGCUGCAGUGGCAGUGACUCCAAACACACACAUGACCAUGAGGACGGGUCAGAAAAUGACUUUAUACAUACAGAUGUGCCGCGAUCCCACAGGAACACAUACCGUUCUGCAGCAGAAAUAAAAAUACAUGAAGAAGAAGAGAAACCAGGAGGUGUUCCAAGUGAGCACCAUGCAAAGAGCGUCUCCGUCCUCUCCACUGACAGUGGCUUCGAAGACUGCGGAGUGGAAGACACACUGAUACAGAGAGCUUUCCUCACAAAGUCCCUGCGGUGUCCCAUACUGCACGGCGACGUGGAGCGGCUGGCCCAGCAGCUGGUGUUGGUCUUCAGGAGGAGCUGGCUUCCCUCCCAGAAGCCUCGGUGUGGCCGGCACAGCCUCCGCUCCUCGCUGCAGGAGCUGCCAGGCACAGCAGGAGUUGUGGUGAGCAGUGGCAGCCUGACUGAGGAGAUCAGACUGAGGACCAGGAUGAGAGGAACGCUGAGCUGGGCUCCACCUCGCUUCCAGAUCAUCUUCACUGUUCAGCCAACACACAGACGCAGCGAGGCAGUGGCCUUGCAGCACUUCCUGUGUGCAGGCUGUGGGACCGAGCUGGAGCCCAGAUACAUCAAGAAACUGCGAUACUGUGAAUACCUGGGCAAAUAUUUCUGUGACUGCUGCCACAGCGGAUCUGAGUCUGUGAUCCCAGGUCGAAUUCUGGCCCACUGGGACUUCAGCAGGUACCCUGUGAGUGAUUUCUCCAGGCGGCUGCUGGACUCGGUUUGGCAUCAGCCGCUGUUCGACCUGACCUCCGUCGGCAAGACGCUGUACAGCCGAGUGAGAGAGCUGGAGAAGUUCAGGGAGCUCCAGGAGCAGCUGCUGGGCGUUAAGAAGCUCCUGACAGCUUGCAGAUUGUCUGACAGGGUGAUGAAAGAGUUUGAGCAGCUUCCCGCUCACCUGACCCAGCAGCCACACCUGUUCUCCCUGGACGACUUCCUGCGGCUGAAGAAAGGUCAGCUGGUGCCGCUGGCCAGAGCCGUUCUGCUGGCGGCCACCGAGCACGUGGACGGCUGUGAGCUGUGUCUGGCCAGAGGUUUUAUCUGUGAGUUCUGCCGAGAGAGAGACAUCCUCUUUCCUUUUCAGAGGGACAGAUGCAAGCGCUGUCCAGUGUGCAAGGCCUGCUUCCACAAAACCUGCUUCGUGUCGAGGAACUGUCCAAAAUGUGCCCGGAUCCGCUCAAGAAGAAGAGCGCUGGACGGAGCCGAAUCAUGAUGACAUCAGGCGUGAUUCAUAACCAGAGAGCGAUCUGGCUACAUGCUAUGAAUGGGUUUUGUUGAAACCUGUUGUAAAUGAAAUGUACAGUA